CCAUUGAAGCGUACACGAAUUUGCAAUGCAUUGUAAUUUUGUGUACAACUUGCAGUCGAGUCGAGUCUCGUUGGAUUGAAAUCGUGUGUGUUAUUGCGACAUUGAUCAGAUUUCGUUAUAUCAUUCUUAGUUUCACCAUUUAGAAGGAACACCAGCACUGACAUCGGACUACUUUUUCUCAAGAACAGAUUGACAGAUUAUUGGAAGAAACCUUUGGGAAAUUUGUAUCUUAUGCCUGAAACUGAAACGAUGCAUCGACCAACCAUUUCCCCACACAUGACUCAUGUAGUCGCAGGAGGGGUUGGUGGUACUGUCGGAGCUGUCAUAACAUGUCCUCUAGAAAUUGUUAAGACCCGGCUCCAGUCGUCCACCACCACGUUAAGACCGCUUCCGGCCGGUGGCAUCUCCGUGUCAACAGGGGGCAGUAUCAUCCAUGUCGAAGACUGCGGAAGGAGAACUGGUAGCAUAGUAAAAUGUAUCAAGCAAAUCAUCGAAGCGGAAGGAGCGACGGCAUUAUUCAAAGGCCUGGGACCAACUCUUGUGGGAGUCGCCCCGUCCAGGGCCAUCUACUUUGGUGCUUACGCCAACACAAAGAGCUUCCUCAACUCCCGUCUGACCCCAGAGUCAUCCCUGGUACAUCUCUUAUCUGCAGGUUCCGCAGGUUUCAUCUCAUGUUCAUUAACAAACCCCAUCUGGAUGGUAAAAACCAGGAUGCAGUUGGAUGAAAGGAAGGGGCCUGCCUACAACAACAUGCUCAAGUGCGCAAAGCACGUCUACCAAACAGAGGGUCUGCGAGGUUUCUACCGGGGUGUCACCGCCUCUUACGCCGGGCUUUCAGAAACGAUGAUCCACUUUGUGAUAUACGAGAAGAUCAAGCAGCUCAUCCAGGCCCAAAACUACAGUACUUCCAGCGACCGCAGACCCUGGGACUUUGUCUGCUUCAUGGGGGCGGCAGCUACGUCCAAGACGAUUGCCUCAACGUUGGCCUAUCCUCACGAGGUCGCGAGGACAAGGUUAAGGCAAGAAGGGAACAAGUACAGGACAUUCUUCCAGACCUUAAUCACAAUCUUCAAGGAAGAGAGGUACAGGGGGCUCUACGGGGGUCUCGGCACGCACCUCGUCCGACAGAUCCCCAACACCGCCAUCAUCAUGGCCACUUACGAGUUCGUCGUCUACCUUUUCAACCGAUGUUGAGCGGAAAACAGACGCGAGCAUCGUAACAAGGGAUUCAUGUGCAAUAGAGGCCCUGCAUCUCUCCUCGUGUUUCUGCCGGUUCUGCAGCAUUUUUCUGAGUGACAGAAAUGAACAAGGCUGGAACCGCAAGAAAGAAUGGAGCAAGGAAGAUGAACAUUGCAGGAUCGCUGCUGCUUCGUGGAUAUCAUCAUGGAGAUCAUCAUGGAUAUCAUCGCGUACAGUGGCGGACUGCAUAAAUCGGCGAAAGUUGACAGUAGAGAAUUGGAGAGCUAUUCAGCCGAACAAUCUGGCUACAAGCUAAUAGCAUCCUGGAAACUAUCGUGGCCGAGUUCAGUCGACCCUUGUUCAAAUCCAAGAUGUGCUCUCGAGUAUCGCUCUCUACACUGAAAGAUCUUGGACAGCAUGGAGAGAUACAUACAUGUAGAAGUGCCCCCAAGUGGGCAUGGAUUGGAUUUACAUGUAGAUCUGGUGUCUUUGAAGUCGAGGAAUGCCCUUGCACCACCAAGUUAUCAUUUCGGAUCCAUGGCUGGCUCAAGAGUGGAAUAAGAGCUUUCCCAAACAUCAGAAACUGAGAAAAGAACAAUGAAAUAAGACUUGAAAGAACUAUAGUUUGAAGAGAUUUUAUCAUCCUUUUCAUACGAUGCCUUGAUGUGAAUAUUAUACAAAAUGGACUAAACGUGGAUUGGUGAGGGAGUCUUAUCUGGUUACGUCCAACAUGGUAUUAUUGUACUCUAUUUCAAAUUUAUAUAUAGGGCACAAACAUGUUAUAUAUAGGCAACUCAUUGCUUCAUUUGAGCCUUCCAUUCACAUUUAUAUGUUGGGUAUACCGGUGUAUUAUAAUGCAAGUGCUGCAGAUAAGGAGAAACAUGAUUAAAACAGUAUUUGACAGUUUGUUUUCCACUUUUUAAUUAAGCGUUGACCUCGGCCAUUGACAACCGACAGAUAUCUGGCUGUUUAUCCAAAGAGAUUACAAUGUUGGGACUUGCAAAUCUUUCUCAAAAUGUUGGAUUCUAAACAGGAAAUAUGUCAUCAGCUUGAAAUUUGUCACACCUCAAAACAAACGUGAUAGUUUUUUUCACAGACUUUGGAACAUUUUCCAUCAGUACUAUGAAUUGAAAUCAAUGCAGCUUCCCCCCCCCCCCCCCCCCCUUCCCAAGAAACUAUCAUGUUAGGAGUGUACUUUUUAAUAAAUGAAAUUUUGUAAUGUUUAAACAAAAUGUCCAUUUGUUACCCGUUUUUACUUUCCUCUCUUUAAUACAAUAAUGAAAAUUUAUUCAUACCAAAGGAAGUAAAUGCCAGAAAAUGUGUAUCUGCAAUUUGUGUAAGUUCUUAGAACAGAACGUUCCUCCAGUUUUAGACAAACUAAAGCGUGUAUGUUUUUGUUGAUGGUUGUUUUUUUUCUUCAAAAUUUCUCUCAGUUGCUCCCAUUCAUAUUUUAUGAAAGUCCUGGGUUUGUUUAUUUCGAAAUCGUUCUUUCCUGGCAGUUUCUUGUAAGAACUGGUGGGAAUCAGUGCUCUUGACAUACAAAGGAACAAACUGUGUCGUCUGCUUGUUCAUUAUCAGAAAACUAUGCUGGAAUGAGAUACACGUUUACGUGCGUGCAAUGCAUGCAUCAUUAUUGUUGAUUUUAUCAAACAUUUCAACAUAUAUUUGCACCAUGUUUAUCAUUUGGGGUCGUGUAGUUUCGUCCCUUUCCUAUUUCUAAUGAUUAUUGAAAUCCAAGACUGCUUUCUUUCUUUAUACAUGUCUACCUCUUCAGGUAGCAAAAAAGAUAAGAAAUAAGAAAGAGAGAAAGAGAGAGGAAGAAAACAAAGUGUACUGUAGAGUUUUUAGUUUUGACUUUUGAAACCUGGCAAAACUAAACUGUAAGGAGAAACUUGUACCAUAGGAUUAAGGAAAACGGCCAACAUGUACCCUUGUAAGUGAGAUGAAUAGACCAUUGGAGGUUAAAAAUAUUGUCAGUAUUAAGUGCAUUCAAAAUUUCAAAUGUAACAUAAUAUGAAUGUGUUUCAACUUUCAUAUCAGCUUUUUUUUCUUGGGUCCUUUACAUGUAUAUUACAUUGCAUCUGUAAUUUUUCUGAAAUAAGUUUAUUUUUCUACAUUUUGCUGUUGUGCAUGGCCAUACGGCUUUGCAUGAAAUUGAACAGAGAUGUAUUAUUUGUUUACUUAAUAUUGUCCAUAGUAUAGUAUACUGUAUUUGUACAUUUUGGUGGAAGUUUACAAGUAGCGCUUAUGAGAGUUGGCACGUAAGAUCAUUAUACAUGUAUUCAGCAUCAAUGACAGUGUAUAUAUUUCCAUACAUUCAGUUUACAAUGUACUUGGGUAUCGGUGAAAGGGUAUCACGAACUCUGCACAAUACUCUGCACAAUACUCUGCCCAUCAUUUAUAAUAACGGCCUCGCUCGUUUUGGCAUUAAUUUGGCUACCUGGCUGACUAAUUGCUUACUGCCAAAACCACCUUUAAUCACCACAUAGGAAAUUGAUCAGCUGAUGUGGUUAAAAGGAAAUGGUGACCAUUCGGGGGGGGGGGGGGGGGGGGGGGGGGGGGUCUAAAAUGCAAGGUCAGUCGAAGGGCUAUACAUGUAGUGUUGGGUAUUUUAACAGUCUGCAUUGUUAUACUGCCUUGGGCUGUUAUGGCCUGUUUCUCCGCAAUACAUAUUUAGGAUUGUUCACUGUUCUGCUCCAAUUAUGAUAUCACUGCAGAUCUUUUUAUUUUAGAAACGAGUCUAGAUGGAAGACAUAAAUCUUUAGGUUGAAGGUUGAAACGCUACAACUAGUCAAGCUACAACAACAAUUGUUUUGAAAGAUCAUGCCAAGUUUUAAGCGAUGCCAUUUCAGAUUUUCAGGACUUAAAUGAGGGAUGAUAAUAUACAUCUGAUGGAAGUUUUAAAUGAGAAUUUCAUUUGUUAAAGUACAUGUCCAUACUAAGUGCCUUUUGAUUUUCCGUAAUUGUUUUUCAAUGAACCAUGGAAAUAUCAAUGAUUUCGUGUUCUAAUAUUCAAAGAUAGGGAAUGUCGGGUUAUAUAUUUAUAGGCAUGUAAUUAUUCACUCUUGUUAAAUCUCCAUUUUUUUACAAACAUGUGUGAUACCUCAUGAUUUUGGUGCAUUCACUUCAUUAAGGUGACGGGGUAUCAUGCUUUAACCUUUAAAUAUCCUUGCAAUCCUAUUUUUACUGAUGAUAAAUUUUAAGUCUAGGUAUACGGAAGGCAUAGCUGUACCAUUUGUUUAUUUCACACUGUUUACCCCAUAAUAAACACAUCAUUAGAGCCACAUAACUUGAAGACAUAUGUACAUGUACAUAUGUGUUGAUAUAGUAAGACCUUUUGUAAAGCAUUUAGUAGACAAUAACUUUUUCUUGCAUGUUUACCCUAUAAGAAUAUGUUUGAUCCCCCGACAUGUACAGUAAAUAAUGAUCAUUGAAAAUCCCAAAUCAAGCGAAAAAAUAUUUUUCUGAUUAUCAACUAUCGUUUGUUUAUUUUUUGACAAGAAAAGAUUACUGUUUGAGCUUCCAUAUUAGAUAGUUCCAGUAAACAUACUGGAAUUAUCUGUUUUUAUGAAAGAAAUACAAAAUAAAUUGUGCUUGGAUGUUUCGUGGAUAAAACUUUCAAACUGGGGUUGUAUUAUCAGCAUUUUGUCUCGGGUGUUGCCCCAGUGAGUGAUCUUCUGCUUGUCAAUGCAAAGCAUGUUUGUAUUAUAACAAGUUGUACAUUUGUUCUAUUGUAUGAAGAGUAUGAAGAAAGAAGAAUAUUUCUUCAUGAGAAGAGAAUGUGUUUUUAUGGCAAUAAAGGAAUAAUGGAAAACAUGUGAAAAUUGAAA